AUGUAUCUAUGGUGUGUAGUUCGUCUCUCUGUCCACCGUUGUUCCGAUAUUUGCAGGGGCACUCAGUUUAAAGUUAGCGAAAGAGGUGACCGUUUUAAGACCUGCAACUGCGAAUGCGAAAAGUCAGCAUUUCAAGUCACUCCCACUCCCCGUCGUCUAGCCUCAUCAGCUACAGCUCGAAUGGCGGAAGCUGGCAGUUGUCGUGAGCGCCGUUGCCCAGCUUUGCAGUUAUAUGACAUGCGGCCGCAGAACGAUGUAGGAAAAGUUGCAAGUCGACGACGCGUCAGUCAUCGGAUCGGUGGCCACUGCGAAGUGGGUGGCGGUGGUUUGAUUGAUGGCAGCAGCAUCGUUCGAUGCCAUGCCCAAGCUGCUUGUCCAGCAGACCAUCGUUACGCGGUUCGACACGGGGGCACCAGUCAGUCGUCCGGCUCCAUCGUGAACCGGUCCGAUGGAGGCAAAAAUCACUUUCGAAAGUUACUCUAUGAAAAUUUGGAAAUUUGGCGUUUGGCGGUUGCUUGA